UCCGAUAGUACUGUAGACGUUGAUGGCAGUGUUCAAAAUGGCGCUGUCCAUGCCGAAAAAAAUCCUUUCGUCGAUUUACGUUUGCCGUAAAUCAGUAGGUUUUUGUGGACUGAAAAUCAAGCAAGAAUGCAAGGCUGGUGUUUCAGUGCCGAACAGUCAAUCAAUCUGUAGCAGUAGUAUUCGGUAUGAUGAAUCAAGUUUGAAGAGUAAUUCUGAGAUAUCCUGGGUGAGAAGGAUCCUUCAAGGUAGUGGACCCAGUGCUGAUGUAGAUGAGACUACACUAGAUGAGGUGGUAGCGGUAGAACCAAGAUAUAUGGAGAUACUACAAGAAAAACAGACUAACUUCAUCUCUAGACCAGAGACGAGGAGAAGAAAUUAUUCUCCACCUCUUGAUGUUGAAGAUAGUCUUGAAGAAAUGACCCUUCAGCUUACUACUGAGACUGAUCCAGUUAACUGGAAGGAGGUCACCCUUGAUGAUAAUCUUCUCAAAUUUCAGCUUCUUUCCAAAUGUGGCCAGACGUUCCAACAUUCAAUCCCUAACUACCAAUUAAAGAAGAUGAAGACUGUUGAGGAUGUUCUCACCUUCUACCAGACACCGUUAAAGGAUACCUCAGUCUUUGAUGAACUGAGUACCAAAGAACUCCCAGCAAAUCUACGAAUACAAUGGGACUACAAUGAUUCCAAACUGGAGGUUUAUGAAGAAUAUCUAGAAUAUGUAAAGAAGAAGAAAUCAAGAAAGCCUUCUGAUUGGCCUUUCAGACCAUCACAUUGAUUAUUAGACUUGGGACUCCAUUUUGUGACAAUGCGAAGUGUGUGGACUUCUUAUAUAAGGAUACAAGAUUCUUGGAUGAUAUUUGAUAUUUAGUAGAACUUCUGUGAUACAGUCACUCCAAAAUAGAAGUUCAAAGGAAACAGAAAUCAAAGCCUCUCCAGCAAACUUGCAUGGAUGUGUAUAUGGUUUGCUUUCUCUCCAGUAAAGAGAUGGUUGAUGCUGGAUGCAUGCCAUUGAACAUACCCAAAGAUGUUAUGGUAAACUGUCAGAAAAACUUAACUCUUAAAUCCUAGUGUGAAAUAAAUGACAAUUGACAUUAAAAAGAAAUGAAUUCCUUUGAAAACUUACAU